AUGCUUUGUUGCGAUGCCAGACCCAGUCCUGAGACAGAAGAGCUAUUUGGGGCUCCAAGCUCCGGAGGAUAUGUCACUCGGAAACCCCAUGUGGUGCUCUCUACGAAGUACCAAGGUUUCUGGCUAAUCGUCUCCAAGCAGAUCAAGGCAGGUCUCGAAAAGCAACUCCAAGGCAAGAAAAUGGAGAUUGAAGGGAAGGCAGAUGAUCGUUGGCUUCUGAGUUUCGAGGAGAACCUUGAUAAGGCCAAGGCCACCAGGGGUUUCUUGCUGCAAGUGCAGCAGGGUCUCAAGCGAGAGAAGACCUUCAUGCAAGAAGCGGAGGAGAAACUGGCCGGCUACAUCGAUGUGCCCAAGAUCGGACUUUAUGCCGUGGAAAACAUUCAGUUUCUGCCGGACUGCUUCCAAGGAGCCCUAGAGAAGGCCCAAGCCCAGUGGGCCACGGGCAUUCGAAGAGAGGUCGAGAUGGCCAGUGAAGUGUUUGAGGCCCUCCCAGGCCAAGAGCUCCCCAUCAAGGAUGGCUUCAUCACUGGCAAGGCCAAGUGCAUCUUCCCCGAGGGGUCGAUCUACGUCGGGGACCUCGAGCGAAGCAGGAAGCACGGUCGGGGUCACCUGGCACCCGGAGGGGGCAAAGAGAUCUGGCCAGAUGGCAGCUCCUAUGAGGGCGACUUUGUCCAUGAGAAAGCGCAGGGGAGAGGGCUGCUCCGCUUAGUCAACGGCGAUGUCUAUGAAGGCGAAUUUGCGCACGACAAGAGGAAAGGCCUCUACCGCUUCGCCAACGGGAUGAGGGAGACGGGCUGGUCGCAAUGGGAUGAAGUAAUCGGCCUUGGAGUGAGACGUGGUCGCGGCUACCAAAAGCUCCAGGACGGAGCGGUGGUGAAGGAGGUGACCGAGGAGGAGGCCAAGCAGUUGGUGAAAGAGAAUGGUUUGCCCUCCCUGUGGUGGCACGGACCUCCAACGAUUCUGUCCGAGUCUCCGUUGGAAGAGGCUCUUGCGCAACGGGUGGCAGGGGCGGAGAAGAAAAGAACACCUUGCUUUCGCCGCUUCGCCAUGUUUUCUUGUUGCCAUGCCGCUGCCAGUCCAGAGACGGAAGAAGUCUUUGCUCCGAGCUUGUUGGAGGGAUAUGCGAGUUCCAAGGCUUCGAAAGAAGUUCAGAGCGGCUAUGCUGCUCCCGCCGCAUUUGGUUUUAAGGACCGGACACCGGGGAUACCCCAUGUAGUGCUAUCCACCAAGUUCAGAGAGCAUUGGACGGAAGUGUCCAAGCAAGUGAAGACAGAGCUCGAGAAGUUGGGAGUCACUGUUUACAAUCCCAACGUCGACAACGAAAUGAUGUACGGAAAAGAUGAGGGAGACGCCCGCUGGCUUCGCACGUUCCAGGACAACCUGAAGCAGGAGCCAACCGCGAGAAGACCCACAUGCAGGUGGCGGAGCAGGAUAUGUCAAUGUGGCUCGGAGUCCCCAGGAUCGCCAUCUACGUGCUGGCCUGCAACGACCUCGAAUAUUUCCAACGAACUCCUGAUCACUUUGACAGUCCGUAUUGGACACAUGUCUUCGAGGUAG